UAACUUCUAUGAUUUUGUUCUCCACAAAUUUGCUCUCAAAUCUAUCAUUUCCGCUUGAAGAAAAUCGAUUUCGCCAUCAAAUUAAUCGUCCUCUUACCGUCUUCCCAACCAUUCUCCGUCAGAUUGUUGUAUCAAUCUGCUUCCCAACCAAAAUCAUUUAAAAUCCUUUUAUCCACUUCAUAUCCCUUUAGUUCCUGUUCAUCUCCGUGUGAUUUUUCCGGUGUCGGCGAUGUCGAGCUCUACCCUCGAGUCUUUUAAAGUUGAAACCAGUGAUGGGGUGAAGCUCCAGACGCGGGUUUUCAAGCCAAAAGAUGAGGAGGUAAGGCAAAAUCUGGUGGUUGUUUUGGUCCAUCCUUACUCCAUUAUGGGUGGUUGUCAAGGGCUUUUGAGAGGAAUUGCCUGUGGGUUAGCGGAGAGCGGUUAUAGGGCUGUGACUUUUGAUAUGAGGGGUGCUGGGAAAUCGUCUGGAAGGGCUUCUCUCACUGGAUUUGCAGAAAUUAAGGAUGUUGUUGCUGUUUGCAAAUGGGUUUGUGAGAAUUUGUCUGUUCAUCGAAUUUUGUUGGUGGGUUCAUCUGCAGGGGCCCCUAUUGCAGGCUCAUCUGUGGAUUUGAUAGAACAAGUGGUAGGCUAUGUUAGCCUUGGCUACCCCUUUGGCCUAGCUGCCUCAAUUCUUUUUGGAAGACACCACAAUGCUAUUCUACGGUCUCCAAAACCGAAACUUUUCGUGAUGGGCACACGGGACGGUUUUACGAGCGUGAAGCAAUUGCAGAAUAAGUUAAAAUCUGCAGCAGGACGUGUUGAAUCACAUCUAGUACGAGGCGUGAGCCAUUUUGAAAUGGAAGGCCUUGCAUAUGACUCUCAAAUGGUGGAUCUUAUCCUUCAUUUUCUUGCUUCUUUGUAGGAUAAUUCCAUCAACUUUAUUCAGAAUAUUUGUGUAUUAACUCCUUGUGCGUUGUGAAGGAAAUUCUUAGAGUUUGGCUCAACAAAUUCUGUCAUAGUGUUGAAUAUGUAUUGAUACAACAGCAUAUAUGAGAGGCAGGGAGCUACUAAUCUACAAGA